CAGUGGCAGUGCAUAUGUGGUGCCGACCUCUACACCACAUGUUCUCGUGUUGAGUGCAACGACUGUCGCAAAGACAACACAUUGUCGUCGAUUUGAUUCACAAUUAACUCAUUCAGCGUUUCAUUCAAGUCUGAAGACACAUGGCGUCCGACACGAAGGCAGUGGAGGUGGCGACGAAGAGCGAGUCCAAGGGUGAGGGUAGCGGCGAAUCCCAAGAAGUCAUACCAAAGCAUCCGCUCCAGAAUCAGUGGCAGUUGUGGUACUUCAGACCCGGCGCCAGAGGGUCGGCCUGGGAGGACAACCUGCUCGAUGUCACCCACUUUGACACCGUCGAGGACUUCUGGGCGCUCUACAAUCACAUCGAGUUGGCCUCCCAUUUGAACGCCGGAAGCGAUUACUCGAUCUUCAAGCAGGGGAUCCGUCCGAUGUGGGAGGACGACCGCAAUAAGGCUGGCGGCCGGUGGCUCUUCACGUUCGGCAAGAGGGGUCCCGGCAAUCGGGAGGGCGGGCGCGAGAUCGACAAGACCUGGCUUGAAGUGUUGUUGUGUCUGAUUGGUGAGGCGUUUGGCGACGAUAGCGACCAGAUCUGCGGCGCUGUCAUCAACAUUAGGGGCAAAAUGGAUAAGAUCUCCGUUUGGACCAAUGAUUACCAGAAUAAAGGGUCGAUCCUUAACAUCGGGAGGAUUCUUAAACAGCGGACCGGUUAUCCACAGAGCAUAUCAUUCGAGGCCCACUCGGACACCAUCGUUAAGACGGGCUCAAUGGCCAAGCAUUUGUAUCAAUUAUAAUAUAAUUUAUCACUAAUUAAGAUCUUUUUAUACGUGAAA